AUGAUGAUACCCAACGCAGAUCAAAACGUGCUCAUCCCCGUCAAGCUUGAUGCAUUUGUCCUCAAUGAUAAAGUCUGUGACGGCGGCUAUGAUGACGAUGAGCUGAGAGCACGAAAAGCCAAAAUUGCACCCAUCUCACAGCCCAAUUAUUCAUUUCUGCGUCUCAGAAAAUCAUAUCUCCAGUCCGACAUCCUGUAUCAUACCGACUUACAUAACGCCUGCCCGGCCGAUUUCAACUCGCGCAUUACAGAUCUCGGGUCUCGCUCUCGGCGUGAAAACCGACAGGGCAUCUAUCUCCACUGGACGCUCCCCCGUAUAUACCGGAGUGGUAGUGCUGCAACGAGCGAUGCAGAAAACGGCAGAAACGGGCUUCCCAUCUUCCCCGAGGUCCCUACACGAUGGCUAGUCGUUCGUCACAUACACGACCUUGAGGCCGUCCAACCUUGUGCAGCAAAGGACAAGCUGAAAAGCGUCUCUGCGUGGGUUGUCGAAAGUGACCGCUGCCGAACGCUCGACGGAGAACGAAAACCCGACGAUGUUGAUCUUCAAGUUGACGUGUCACCUUUCGUCAGCGCAUCCGACUCCGUGGUUAACGGAGGUUCAGAUGUCUUGGAGAAACAGGCCGAAAUCUUCAUAGGCGAUAAGAGAAAAGCAUCAGAGUGGAAGGAAACCCAGCCUGAGGACGGAACAACAGAUACUAGCAAGUCACGCGUCAACUUACGACUCCUAUCUUCGUCCAAUGAGCUCUUUCCAGAUUACCAGCCGCAUAACUCCAAUGUUUUCUCCAUCGUCGAUAACUUUGAGUAUGACCGCAUUGAUAUCGGUGACAACAAAACCAAGCCAUUGUACGCCUCCCGGGUUCCAUCAGUUAGCUACUCUGUCCUCGGAUGGCACUCCAAACCACAAAAGGACAUUGUAUGGCUCAAAGGGAAGUCUGAGACUCGUGCGCAGCUACUAAAGAGGCUGGACAUGGACUUUAAAGGUUUCCACCCGCGAGAGCUCGACUUUGACGACAUUAUCCCGCAGGAAAUCGUCGACUGGCUUGACGAAUGUCUUCCUCGAAGGGAACAAGGCACACGAAGUCUUUGCCACGGCGCGGUGUAUGAUGUUUCCUGGGACCUCCACAAGGUACCAGAGAUUAUCCUCGCGGAUAAAUAUGCUGAGAUGUUGAGCCAGAAGCUCCCUGUGGCAGUAGGAACGACGCCAAUGGAUGCACUGAUGGCGUACGCGGGCGCGCACGAGGCAGAUAAGGACAACCCCAAUGAAGAUGUCAAAAAGAUUGAGUCGGCACUGAAACGGCUUGAGACGGUGCUCUUGAGCAGGGAUGAUGGCGUUGAAGCGCACGCGCAGGGGGCAGACAUGAUGUAUAACUGGAACUAUACAAGGUUGGAUGGCGGGCAACAGUAUCAUGUUUCUGGAGGUGAAAGUGGCGGGAAGCCGGUCAUUCCCGAGAACAAGAGGGGAGACUUGAUCAAGCUGAACGACUUGUGUCGCUUCCGAGAUGCAGCAGACAGGAAGCUCAAGAGACAGCGCUGGGCCGUCUUUGCGGAGUGGUGGCAGGCUGUGACGCUGGCUAAGAAGGAAUUAGACGUGAAGAAUGCGCUGAAGCCAAUCUUGGACAGCAUUGACGCCUUGGAGAAAUUGCUGGGUAUCAGCAAGCAGGAUUUAAUUUCAGUCUUGACUGACGGAAAGAAAGGGGAUGAAGCAACGGAAUUCGAACCAGGUGUGCAUCCGCCCUUUCAUCAGCAGCGCGACCCGACAUUGCUCGUUGGAGGCGUGCGAUCUGGCUGGGAACCAGACUAUCUGCACACACUCCUGAUCAGACUCGAUGCUCAAUUGCUCGAAGAAACAAAAACUGCUGUCCCCCGUGAGGAGGAGGAUGGCUGGGGAAGUCUCUUUAAAGACUUUGUAACUAAGAAGAUGCCUGAACCUCUGAGAGCAUCAGCCCAAGCCCUACUCCGCGAAUUUGUUGUGCUGCGAACAAGGAGAAGAGAUGAGGAUGACGGUACACCAAAGACACCAAGCUUCUUGAGGACUCAUGGAUUUAUGGGUGGGCUAUCCGAUGAUGCUCCCAAGAAACCGGGGAGACAGAAAAUAAGUCCCCAGAUGCCAACUUUUCAUGACCGUCAAGGUCUGGAUCAUAAGGGGAAGCCUGUUUGGCGUGACUCUUGGAACAAUAUGCAACCUUGGUUCCCUUUGUUUCUUGAAUGGGAGGUUGAGUACACUCAUAUCGACCAUGAGGAUUGGGAGCUUGCCGAGUCGAAAUGGUGGCACAGCGAAGGCGCCAAGCUGCACUAUGCUAUCAAACCAGACAUGACCUUGGAAGAUAAAUACGGCGACAAGACCAAGAAAGAAGUCGACAACCGGCGAUUCUCAGGCCGAGCACUCAUCCUCCCACAACCUAGCUUCUCGCUCGAGGCCAAAAUCCUACAACUCUUUUCCGAUACGGCAGCGGAGAAGCUAGAAAAGCUACUACCAUUCAAGGACCGCGAGGAACUCGCCAAGAGCCUGAGGAAAUUCGACUUUUUGUCUGCGCCCCUGUCUGGGUUUAACAGCCACAUGCUCACCGUCGAGCAGGGGAAUCAUGUCAAGCCGUCGAUACGCGAUCCUGUGACUGGCGCAGUGAGGUUCAUGGGCGAAGCGGCUCGCAAGGAAGCUGGAUUGUCGGAGCAGGUACUUGAAAAUAUGGGCAUCGAGACCGAUCUCACGCCGUAUGGACGCAGCAAAAGUAAACCUGACGACGAUGGGCCGGCCGUCUUCAAGCCCGUAACCCAUGGCCAAUUCCGCAUCACCAAACUAAACAUCAUUGACAAGUUUGGCCAGGCCAUCCACGCAAUCGACCCUAAGCCCACGACUGAGGAGCUGACUCCGAAGCUGUAUCCCUGCAUCAGCGACUGGUACGCGCCACAGGCCAAAAGCUCGAACCCAGAAUCUCCCAACGUCGUUGGAAAGGUGAAGAAGGAGAAUGAGACAAAGUGCGAGUACAUCCAAGUGCCGCCGCAGAUCAACCAGCCAGCACGUCUCAAUGCGGUUUUCACGAUUCCAUCAGAGCCCCCUCUGCAUGAGGACGACCCAAUGCCUCCUUUCUGGAGGGCUACGCACGACUGGGAUCAGCCCAUCUGGGGCUGGGUUGUCGUCAACUAUGCAAAUUUUGGAGUGCAGUUCUUCCUCCCCUCGGGUGCUUUCUAUCGAGAGGUUCGCUGCGCUGGUCCUACUGGAGCACUCCUGUCGCCAGAGUGGCUGCCCUUUGAGAAACCUGACGAUCCGUCCAGGCGCGGCGGCAAGGAAGACGGCGGUGCUGCAGCCAAACAGCUCGCGCGGCUGGUCAAGAUCUUGGGAGAGAAUUACCCCUAUCUCCGCAGGUUUAUUGCCACCAUCAACGCUGCUACAACAUCAAUAGCACCUGCACCAAGCGCGUAUGCCGAAUUUCGAAGUGCAUUGCUCGGUCGACCCCUAGCCCUCACGUACUUUGGAGUCUCCUUGGAACUUGCUGGUUCCCCGUGGAAAAGUCAUCUGUCGCAGGACAACACACCCAAGAAGACGCUCCUUGAUUACGAAUUCCGCGUCAAGCUGGGCGACCGGGAGCGCGGGUUUGAUGGGCUGGUGGGAUACUUUCCUCCCCUUUCCAAGUCCGAGCUAAAAGAAGGCAAUGCUCUUGACGUAUCGACAUUCUACACACAUUUCCCGCCCGGUGUUCAUGAUAUAGCGACUGAAGAAUUGGCAAAGAUUUCUCCGACGGCAUCUGCUUACGAAGAUGAGCAGCCAAACCCAACGCUCACCAAGAUAAUUACUAUCACGAAGGAUAACUAUCCUCUCCUAAAGCCAUACUAUCUCGACCCGGACAACAACGACCGCACGCCAGCAUCAUACGCCGCUGAUGCAAACGAAAAGCUUGCCGUUUUCGGCGCCCUGCUCGACCCUUUCCUCCCCGUCCAUGCAUACACUGGUAUCCUGCCCGUCAAGGAGUUUUCCCUACCGACGUGGACGUGGCAGGGAGCCCUGGACAAGCUAUCCGCCUUCUUCCAUGCCGGACCUGUGCUAAUCACGGGAGACGUGCCAGGGUUUGUGGAGGCGAGGCAGCUGAAGCAGGGGGAUUUGCCACCCAAAGUGGUUGAGGGCGUGGAGGGGGAAGAGAAGCAAUCCGUGGGGCUACCGGGUGGUGCGUUGGGGAUGUGGAGCUGGCUCCAGCCUUACGAUGUUGACGAGGAACGUGAAAAGAGUAUCACGGGUGAUGAAGAGGAAGAGAAGCCGCGGGAAAAGUUCAUGCCGUUGGCUGUUGAGGUUUUGGGAGAGGAGUCAAAGCUGGAGCGGGGGCCAUAUACGGCCAUCGAGGGGUACCUGCAGAUGGCUGCGGGCGUUAAUGAGAAGUAG